UGCGCCCCCACCACCCCCUUCUUGUCGUGUUUUCUCUUCGUGAAUGAAAGCUGCAAGCUAAAGCCUUGGCCUUGGCGGUCAUAUUGAAGGAUCUGGAAGAGCUGAUGCGUACACCUCUUCAUGGCAUGGGGUUGCGUGAUCUGAUCGGGAGGACUACCAUUUUGGCGGUCAAUUAGACCAAACUUUCCUUUCACUAGCUUGUCUCCCCGCUUUGCCUCUUUUUCUUUUUCUGAGCCUUGCCUUUCAUGCUCUUGUCACAUACUCUUGCAGCACAGUAAAGUACCAGCCUGCUUUUCCUUUGAGCAGGCUACAUAGAUACUCUUGCCUCAUCAUAGUAUAAAACGAGGCGUGCCUAGGCCACCCUGGUGUGAUACGUAGACACUGACCCGCCAUCUCGGGCUAGCAAGCAAGCAAGCUAGGCAUCCAUACCUCCGGUCGGCAAUGAGGAAGGGCAGCGAGUGCACCAGGAUCAGCCCGGAGACCACCACCAGCGGCAACCCCAUGUUCUCCCGCCAGGCCAGCAGGUCCGGCGGCCGGUCGGCGGCGCCGUCGGAGCGGGACGCCCGGCCGAGGCAGCCGCGCGGAGGCUGCCGCCUGCUGAGGACCGCGCGGUGGACCGCCGCGAGGUUCUACCAGCGCGCGAGGGUGAGCGUCGUCACGGCGUUCUGGUCGGCCCCGAGCAGGAGAGGCUCUUCCAGUUCCACUUCCAGUGCCGCCUCACGCUCGCCGGAGUAUACGCCGGCGAGGAACAGCAGCAGGCGGCAGUCCGGGCCGGUGGCCGUCGCCGAUGACUCCCACAAGAGCGAAGCCGUGGAGGAGUGCAUCAGGUUCAUGAACUCCUCGUCCAGGAAGUACCGCUAGUGUUUUGUUUUUUUGAUUCUGUUUCUACCCUCUGCGCGGAUGCUAGCGUCUUCCCCCCUGUAAUUUCCCCCUUCUUGUUCUUGGCCUUUCAUCUGUGUGCGCAUUUGAUCUAAGCUUGUGGAAAUGAUACGUACGGCCGGAUGCAUCUUUCUCAUCUCUUCUGUACUCUGGAAUCUGUCGCUCUUACAUUUUCAACACUUGUGCUUGUCAAUAUUUGUCA